GCUGCCGGCUGCGCUUCGGGGCCAGGAGCGGGAACUGGAGCCCCUGGCUGUGGGUGGCCACAUGCCGCUGUGGAGAAGAAAGUGCUUCUGGCUGGCGCUGUCAGUCUUCGGGCUCCUCCUCGUUCUCCUGGGAGUCUUCCCCCUUCGCCGGGCGGUGCCAUCGGGUCCUCUACCGGGGCGCUCCCAGGGCUGGCCCCGCUGGCUGGACGCUGCCUUCCUGCAGAGUUUCUCCCAGUCUGAGACGCACCCAGAGGUCCCAGAGCUUCCUCGUGCUCCCCGGGGGAGCGGCUGCACCUGGGGAACCUGCUUCGACCCCUCCAGAUGUCAGGGAGGUGUCCUCAGGACCUUCGUGCACCCCCCGGCUGGCGGGAGCGCCGCGGAGGAGGCCCACCGCAGGGUCCUGGACUCCCUGCGGGGCUCGCGCUACUACGCCCCCAGCGCGGCCGAGGCUUGCCUCUUCCUCCUGCUCCCCAGCCGGGACGGCCGCGGAGCGUGCGGGCCCCUGCCUCCGAGCUGGGACGGAGGCCGCAACCACCUGGUCCUCAGUCUCCGCCCGGCCCCCUGCACCAGGCUGGGGCUAGCGAUGGUAGCCGAGGCCAGCCCCUCCUCCGACAUCUUCCGCUCGGGCUUCGACGUCGCGCUUCCAGAUCUCCCUGAGGCCCACCCACUGCAAGGUGGGGCCCCCGGCCGGCUGCCCCGGCACAGUCCCCAGCCUGGGGCUCCCUUCCUGGCGGUAGCAGAGGAGGGGGGCAGGUGGCGCGCCGCAGGCGCCCACGCCUCAGCCUGCCCCUGGGACAGACGCUGUGAGCAAGACCCCGGACCCCACCAGACCUACCCAGGAGACACACUACCCAACGCCACCUUCUGCCUCAUCCCUGGCCACCGAGCUGCUACCUCCUGCUUCCUCCAAGCCCUUCAGGCCGGCUGUAUCCCUGUGCUCCUCAGCCCUCGCUGGGAGCUGCCUUUCUCUGAAGUCAUCGACUGGACCAAGGCAGCCAUCAUUGCUGACAAGAGGCUCCCGCUGCAGGUCCUGGCUGCCCUCCGUGAGAUGCUCCCUUCUCGGGUUCUCGCCCUGCGCCAGCAGACCCAGUUUCUGUGGACUGCUUACUUCUCCUCAGUGGAAAAAGUCAUCCAUACCACCCUAGAGAUCAUCCAGGACCGGAUCUGGGGUGCAUCAGCUCACCCGUCGCUGAUGUGGAACAGCCCCCCGGGGGCACUCCUAGCUCUGCCCACGUUUUCCACAAGCCUGCAAGACUUCCCCUUUUAUCACCUGCAACAGGGCACCAGCCCUGAGAACAGUUUCAGCGCCCUGAUCUGGGUGGAGGCCUCUGGAGAGCCCCUCCUGAAGCUCAUCCAGGAGGUAGCAGGUUCCCGGCACUGUGCCCAGAUCCUGAUUCUCUGGAGCAGUGUGAAGCCACCCCCUGACAGGUGGCCCAAGACAGUGGUGCCCUUGACGGUCAUUGAGGGCCACAGGAAGGUCAGCGACCGCUUCUUCCCAUACGGCAGCAUCAACACCAAUGUGGUCCUCAGCCUUGAUGCCCACAGCAUUCUUUCUACCAGUGAGGUGGAUUUUGCCUUUGUGGUGUGGCAGAGCUUUCCUGAGCGGCUGGUGGGCUUUCUGACAUGCAGCCACUUCUGGGAUGAGGCCCGGGGUGGCUGGGGCUACAGUACUGAGAUGGCCAACGAAUUCUCCAUGGUCCUCAACACGGCUGCCUUCUACCACAGGUAUUACCACACUCUCUUCACCUCCCUGCCCAAGUCCCUGAGGACCAUAGCAGACGAGACUCCCACCUGCGUGGACGUCCUGAUGAACUUCCUGGUAGCAGCCGUCACCAAGCUGCCCCCUAUCAAGGUUGCUGGGGGUCCACGACCCGGGCCGGAGCCUCAGCCCCCGCCUCAGGACUGCAUCAACCGUUUGGCAGCAGGGUUCGGCCACAUGCCGCUGGUUUCCUCUCGAGUGCGUCUGGACCCGGUGCUGUUCAAGGACCCGGUGUCCGUGCAACGCAAGAAGUACCGCAGUUUAGAGAAGCCCUAGGCGAGGGGCUUGACAGAAGAGAACCGUCCUGGGAUGGGAAAAGCCGUGUCCUGGUUGGCCAAUCACGGCAGAGCCCUGAGGGGGCGGGGGCGGCACCAGCGACCACAGGCUGAUCCGGUUCCCUGAAAAGCCUUCCUGUCAUCUCUGCCUCACCCGUGCCUGACCCGCAUGCCCACUCACCUCCGUGGCGGUCUCGAAGGCCUUGCACGGUUCACGCCGAGUGGGCCUGGGAGCUCGGGAGGGCGGCUUCUGCCCUCCUCUCUUUGGAAUAUUUGACCAAUAGCUGCAAGAGUAUCAGUUGGGAUGCCCCCGUGGUGGAACACAGGCGGAAGGGAACGUGCACGAGACAAAACUCUGCUCCUUGUUCUGGAGCGAAGAGAACAGACAUCCGCGGGCACCAGAGUUGCCAGGCUCAGUCAAACGUGAGCAAAGAGGCCAGGAGCCCGGAAUUACCAGAGGGUUGGGUGCUGCGAGCCAGGCGCGCCGCACACGCUGGUCUCUGGGGUGACCAGCCGCGCUGCACUACCAGCCUGGACCACUAGAGGUCAGCUGCUGCACGCUGUCCCUCCAGAGGCUGGCUUGGCUUUCUUGAAUUUCUGUUGUUUCUUUUUUGUUGUUGUUUUUCUAGACAGUUUUUCUGUGUAGUUCUGGCACUCACUCUGUAGACCAGGCUGGCCUUGAACUCACCCCAACUGCCUCUGCCUCCCGGGUGCUGGGAUUAAGGGCGUGCACCGCCACCCCUGGUUCUUUCUUGAUUGGAGGAGGGGGGAAGGGCGGUAGAGAUCUGACUCUGUAACCCAGGCUGGUCUGGAACUCCCCAGGCUGGUCUCAGUUUCCCCAGUGUUCCAGAGUUACAGGCGUGAGCCACAAUGCCAGACCGAAUGGAGUUAGAGACUACGGAGAAGAGGGCAAGUUGAGAGUUGGAGGGGCCCUGGUGUGUGCAGCUCCCCGGUCUAAAAACGCGGGAGGAAUAAAUAUGACAGAAGUCCA